AUGCCAACCAUGUCGCCAACACCUGCGUGCUGUCUCUUGCAGCUCUGGGGGGACCAAAUUAAUGCAACACGUUGUAUGGGUCCAGCCUGUUGUACUGUUUGCCCACAGACUAGGUCCCCAACUCCAGCCCCUACUUUAGGCAUUCCUGUGACUUACACAGCCAAUCCAACUCCUGCCCCUUCAAGUAUUACAUCGCAGCCAUCCCCAUCACCAAGCAGAAACUUGAGGACUGGGUCGCCAACUCCAAGUCCAACAACCAGUCCUACACUGUCAUCAACCAAUACACCAACCUCAGUGGAGACAUCUGUUCUAACAUCACCUCCAACACUAGAACCCACACGAAAUCUGCGAACACCUGAUCCCUCCCCCGCUCCAAGUGCCAGUCCAACAGUAUCACCAACUCUCAGGCCUACAGACAUUCCAACCCCAGUUCCGUCUCCGGCGCCAACUUUGGGACCCACCCCAACUCCAACCCCUGGACCAACAAAUGAACCACUUAUCCUUGGCAAUCCCAACUGUUAUGAGCUUGGUUUUGAUUUCGGAUUUGAAUCGCCUCAUGGAGAGUUGUUGGACAACAUAAGGUUCCCAAUUGACACUCCAGCUUGCGUGAGCACACCAAUAGAUCCUGUCCUACAACAAGUGGUGCCAUCGUUGUUUACUGGCGGUCAGCUUUCCCAAACACAAUACAGAGAAGGCAUGCAAUAUUGCAACAUGGAAAACCUUGGUGCUUACAAGAUUACAUGUGGACAGCCUGAAGGUUUGCCUUUGAACCAAUUCAGUUCUGUGGACAUCAUGUCAACUGUUGAUGUUUCUGUGUUUGUCCAAGGAGGAAACGGAGGGAUCUUGUAUAACCUGACUGCCUAUGAGGAGUAUAUUGACAUGAGGCCAGGGAAUGGAGCCCUCAUCAACCACAUUGAGUUUUGCUUCUUCUGUGCUACUCCUGCACCCACUCCAGGUCCUACACCUGAUCCCACCCCGGCACCAACGCCACAGCCAUCAUCGCAACCAACAGAGCAACCGACACCACAGCCUACACCACAUCCAACACCAAAACCAACUCCACCGCCAACACAGACAGCAGCAACUGAUGCACCAUCAGAGGCACCCAGCAACAUACCAUCUGAUGCACCUACUGGUCAACCAACUGAUCUCCCCACUGGUCAACCCACCGAUCUCCCCACUGGGGCCUCUUGCGCUUUUCCGGAACCUUCGGAUCCCUUGAGUGACGAGGACACUUUGGCAAUGUUGCCGUUGUACAAAAGCAACUUGUGGUUUCGGUUCUUGGGCUACGGGAUAUCAUAG